GUGUCAUUGAGUUUCACUUAAUAACCUUUUAUUUGUGUGGAAAAUAUAUAAAACUAUAAAACAUUAACUUAAAACGUUUUAGCUUAUAUUAAAGAAAACAGAUUUAACAAAAUAUGAAACAGUGUGUCGUGUUGGUUCUCAGUGUUUUGGGAAUGGACGUUUUAUGUGUAUCUGGAAAGUCCUUCCAAUAUUUAGAAAGUGCCCAAAAUUUCGGACAAAACAACCUGUGCAAGACCCAUGACCAGAGACAGAUGCUUCAGAGAGCAUUAAUUGACAAGGUCUGCUCAUUAUCUGAUAAGCAGAGCAACACAGGCUUAACAAAUGAUGACUUCAUGCUGUACGUAGUCCGCAGUCUUUGCAAAGAUACAGGUGGCUGGCUCGCGGAUUGGGUGCUCAAACACGUUGAUACGGAUGGUGAUGGACGGGUAUCCCAUUUUGAGAAAAAUAUGUUCUACAAUAGCUACAGGCUUUCGCCAAACUAG